CCUUGUAACUUACAAAUUAUUAGCAACCUUACCUGGGAGAGUGGGAAACCCCAUGUGCAUGGUGUUGGAUUUGGAGAGAGAGAAGCAAAAGAGUGGAAGGUGAAGAAAAAAAUAAUUAGACAAAACAAUAAAAAAUGAGUUUUUGUGUAAGGUGAGUGAGGUUUCCAAUGCCCACAUGCACCUUCUUCACCAAAUAAUUAUUAAACCAAGAUACACUUCCUUUUUGCACUGCACUUCCCCCAUUCCAUGGAUCCCAUCUGGCUCACAUUUAUGUGGGGGAAUCAAAGUUCUCUGCUUUUUCCAUGAAAAAAGAGUUCAACUUGUUGCGCUGAAGUGAACAAUGGCAGAAGUGCUGCAGCAAGGUCGCUCUCUGGCUGAGACACCAACCUAUUCAGUUGCUUCUGUUGUUGCUGUCAUGGUUUUUGUCUGCUUGUUGGUUGAACGUUCUAUCUACCGUUUUGGAGAGUGGUUGAGGAAAACAAGAAGGAAGGCACUUUUUGCAUCACUGGAGAAACUCAAGGAAGAGCUGAUGUUGCUGGGGCUUAUCUCUUUGCUGUUGGCACAAAGUGCAAGGUGGAUCUCUGAAAUUUGUGUGAAUUCGUCACUUUUUAGCAGUCGAUUUUAUAUUUGUUCUGAACAAGACCUGGACAUCAAUGAGAAUAUCAUGUUGGAAAGCUCAUCAUCUAUACCUGGUGAAACUAGUAUUCCAAAGGGAUUAAAUACUGGAGCAUUCAACCAAUGUGGAGAGGGUCAUGAACCGUUUGUUUCAUACGAGGGUCUUGAGCAGCUGCACCGGUUUUUGUUUGUUCUCGGAAUCACUCAUGUUUUGUAUAGCUGUCUGGCAGUUGGUUUGGCGAUGAGCAAGAUAUAUAGUUGGCGCCGAUGGGAAAAUCAGGCUAGGAUGCCAAGCGAUGGAAACCAGCAAGCAAAGAAAAUCAAGCUGAUGAAGCGACAGACAACAUUUAUUUUCCAUCGCACUUCUCAUCCGUGGAGCAGGAGUCCAAUCCUAAACUGGAUGCUCUGUUUUCUACGUCAGUUUAGGAGCUCUAUACGAAAAUCAGAUUAUCUUGCACUACGUUUAGGUUUCAUCACUGAACACAAAUUGCCGUUAUCUUAUAAUUUCCAUCAAUAUAUGGUUCGAAGCAUGGAAGAUGAAUUUCAAGGCAUUCUAGGAAUAAGCUGGUUGCUUUGGAUCUAUGCCAUAGUGUGCAUCUUCGUGAACAUCCACGGUCUGAAUAUAUACUUCUGGCUAUCAUUUAUCCCUGCAAUUCUUGUCAUGUUGAUAGGGGCAAAGCUUCAACAUGUUGUAUCAACCUUAGCACUUGAAAUUAUGGAGCAGACAGGUCCAUUUCCCAGGACCCAAGUAAAGCCACGCGAUGACCUAUUUUGGUUCAAAAAACCAGAUAUACUGUUAUGGCUGAUACAAUUUGUCAUAUUUCAGAAUGCAUUCGAAAUGGCAACGUUCAUUUGGACAUUGUGGGGAUUCCAAGAAAAGUCAUGCUUCAUGAGAAAUCAUUACAUGAUCAUCAUUCGGUUGGCAUCUGGUGCUAUUGUUCAGUUCUGGUGUAGCUAUAUGACAGUGCCCCUGAAUAUAAUAGUUUGUCAGAUGGGAUCUCGAUGCAAGAAGGCCUUAGUGGCGGAGAGUGUUAGAGAGUCCCUGCAUAGUUGGUGUAAAAGAGUGAAACACAAGUCUAAGCAUGAUUCAUUGCAUUCACACACGGCAAGAUCAGUAUGCUCCCUCGAAUCAACAAUCGAUGAGAGGGACGAAAUAACAGUAGCAUCUGGUACUCUGACUCGAAGCUCUUCUUUAGCCUCUUUGAAUCAGAUAACAGUGAGUUCAGUAGACCAGCUGAACUUCGAGACUCCCAACAAAGCAAAAGAUUCAAUCAAGGUGGCUGGAUGUUUGUCUGGAUCUGUACAUACGAAUCCCCCACAACCAUCCCACAACGUUGAAGAUCGUGUCGGUAAUGGAGAGGAAGCAAAAGCUAUCACUCUCCUUGAUUUGUUUCAGAAAACAUGAUUAAAUUAGUGUUUUAUAUUACUUCAGAACUAGCAUAGAUAGUUGUACAAAUCAAUCUUGAAUGAGCAUAGACAUUAAUUUAUAUUA